UAGUAGUCACUGACAGGGCGUGGCGGAUAAAUCCUAAAAUAAGCGUGCUGCUGUACGAUUAUUACGUUGUACGUUCAUCGCAUGUAAUUGGCCGACUAUAUAUCGCUAUAAGGAAUAUUGCUUCUUUGAGCAAUCACAAAUCACUGAGGCAUGGCGUAUGACAACACGGGAAUGGAACUUGAUGAGAUAAUACAGCAGUCAGAUCCUGAACCCUCGACCAAAGAAAAUGAUAAUGAGAAGAAGGUUCGUUAUGCUGACCCAAACACUCCCAUAGGAAAGGAAGAGAAUCGUCUUUUGACCUUUCUCAGGGAUUCCUCCCGAAUUAGCGAUGAGGGAACCAAGCAAAUUAUCCGUCAUAAUGGGGGUAAUGUGAAAGCACGUGACUCAAGUGGGAGAACGUGUCUCCAUCUUUUGGGAGAACGAAGAGCUAUGCACGCAGACGACACCAGUGAACUUAUUGAUACUCUGGGAGUUUUGCUUGACCAAGGUGCGGAUAUCGAAGCCAGAGAUGAUACCCCUAACAGAGAGAAACCACUUCACGUCUUUGCAAAACGAGGUAACCGGGACCUUGUGUCUGUGGUUCUGUCAAGAGGUGUUGAUAUUAAUGCUGUAGACAAUGUUGGGAGGACUGCCCUUCAUCACUGUGCUUUCUACGGAUAUGCAAAACUUACUCGUUUGCUUUUGGAAAAUGAUGUGAACAUGGACGUAAGAGAUUCAAGUGGUAAAACCCCCCUGAUGUAUGCUCUGUCCAGAGAUAAUUCAGAUGUCGCAAAAUUGCUGAUAAAGGAAAACUGUAAUGUCGUCAAUGGUGACAAAAAUCAAACAACGCCACUACAUAUAACAGCUGCGAAAGGAUACCCCGAUAUUGCCGAGAUGAUCAUCGAAAAGAACGCCCUUGUUGAUGCCAAAGAGGCUAAAGGAUUGACUCCAUUGACUAUAGCCAUAGAUGCAGGACGAACAAAAGUAGCUGAAGUACUCCUUCGUAAAGGGGCUAACCCAACGAUCACUAAUAAAUCUACGGGGGACACUAUUCUACAUCGUUGUGCUGAUAAAGGCUAUGAUGAGUUCGCUGAGUGGCUUCUUGCUGAUAAGGACGAAGACGAGGAUGAAAAACAACUGAUACACAACAAACGUGAUUUUGUCAAUGCAAGAAAUCGACUGGGUGAGACCGCGCUUCAUACGUCCGCUGAUGAAGGUGAUGUUAACUUUGCCAGGAUCCUUAUUUCAAAUGGUGCAAUUGUAAAUUCGGUAACGACCAGAGGAGAAACACCACUUGUGUACUGCUGCCAGAGAGGACACGAGGAUAUGGCUGAAUUUCUGGUUGAGAAUCUUGCAUAUGUGAAUGUCAAGGACCACUACAAAAAUCCACUGGUUCACCUGUGUCUGAAUUCAGGAAUGUAUCGCUUUGCCCGCAUGUUGGUUGAAGACCACACGAUUGAUCCUAAUACGCGAGACCGUGAAGGUACGCCACUCUUACAUAGAACAGUCGAAAGAAACAUAGUUGACCUAGUUCCUGUAUUGUGUGACCGCGGGGCCGACGUUAACGCCGUUGAUGACGAAUCCAAGACAGCCUUAUUCUACUGCACUAAUCCAGCUAUUGCAACCUAUCUUAUACAGAAAGGCGCAUACACGGACCAAAAAUCCAAUAAUGGAACGUCCCUGUUACAACACUACCUAGAUAACGGCCAGAAGGACCUAGCCAUGCUACUUCUUAAUAGCGGAGCUGAUGCUGGUGUCACAGAUAGUAACGGGUCAACAUUCAUGCAUCUGCUCUUUCAAUCGGAUCCAAUGAUGUAUGGAGAUAUACUUUACAAGGCUAUAGUGAAGAAACCCGCGUUGCUGACGUCAACAGAUUGCUAUGGAAACAACCCCAUCCACGUUUACGUUAGACGCCAUCACUACGAACCAAUCGAGAUCAUGUCGAAGUGGAAACCUGAUUUAGAAGAUUCAGAGUGGCUAGCAGCUCGUGAUGAGGUAGGGGAGCAUAUGAUUCAGGCUCUGAAAGCUAGAGAUAUAACCGACAGGGCUCCAAUCGAAUGGGCAAUCGCGCUGGAUGACGAGAAGAUGGUCAAGCACCUAGCUGAUCUAAAUCUGGCAUUCCUUCCACAAGUUGAAGGAGUCCCAGAAGUAGAUAGGUGUCAGGAGUGCAUGUACGACGUCAACUUUGUUCCGGGCAUGAUACAGAAAAUGCCCGACGCAGCCCCAAACGUAUUGGACACGCUUGUUUACGAUACACCCGUUAACGGAAGUUUCUACUACGUCAACCACCUCGAGCCUUAUCCUCCAGAUGGGCAACCAAAGCCACAGAAAAAGCCCAAAAAGAAAAAAAUCAAGAUACCAAAACGCAAGGAAGUGAACAGCGCAGAUAGAGAUGAAGAUAUAGAGCAGGCUAAGGAACAACCAACCCUGGAGGAAGAUCAGACUAAGAAAAAGACGAAGAAAGAGAAACUGAUAAAGAAGUAUGAUGCCCCUUUGACAGCACUUGAGACGGUAUACCUGUUUGAACGGGAAGAUAUCGUGACUCAUCCCCUAAUGGCAGAACUGAUAGAAUCAAAGUGGAAGACUGGUGUACGCUGGUGGGCUCUUGUCAGUUUCAUAAAAACACUUGCCCUGACAUCUAUUUGGACAGCUAUUGGAUUAGCUAUUGAUUACGAUAUUCGCCAUCGUUAUGAUUUUCCCGCGCAUGCUUGGAGAAUCGUCUUGCUGAUUCUGGGUAUUGCAUUGCUAGCUUGGGAAAUCGUUGAGGACGCAUUGGGGUUAUUCUUUUCUCGGAAAAGAAUAUCUGGGUGGCUUCAAUGGCGCAAGGCUAAGCAGGAACGCUAUGAAAAUGUUAUGGCGGGAAACGGCGACAAGGUCCGUCUACAAGACAAACAUAGAACCGACGCCACUGACCUUGCACCAAUAAAUAUCAAGGUCAUUUCGAUUAGGAAUUUCUUUGAUUGGUUCUGCUAUUGCUGGGUCUUGAUAGCCUUGAUAUCUCAUUUGGUUGACGUUGCCAACCAUACUGAACCAACCGCCCGGAUCCACGCCAGACUGGGCAUCAUCAUGGUAAUCUUUCUUUGGCUUCGUCUCAUCGCGGCCCUUCGGAUAUGCAAACGCCUUUUCCAUAUCAUUCAGCUCGUCAAACUCAUCGCAGUGGAUAUUCUGUGCUUUCUCUGCCUGUUCACCAUGCUUUUCUUUCCAUAUUCUUUUGCAUUUUGGGCUAUAUUUGGCCAGAACAAAUCUUCACAGCCUGAUAUGUUCGCAAAUGAGAGUCAAUGCGGGGAUGCUGCGCGUAAUUGCAAUGAUAAUGGCGUCUGUGAUUCUGCCAAUUGUGACAUAAUUCAGGUUUCUGGAUUCCAGAGUUAUUACAGCAUGUUGUUCAUAGUCUUCAGAAUGGCUCUUGGUGGUGUCCAUGACUAUGACACCAUGUAUCAAAUAGAUGAUGUCAUUCCUUCUCUGCUAAUUGCGUCAUUCUUGCUGUUCUGUCUUAUGAUCGGAAUGCCAUUCUAUAUUGCCUACCUCAGUAAUAAAUUACAGCGUGGAAUUUUCAGGAACGUAGGAGCCAAAGGGUUAAUGUCUCGAGUAGAUAUGAUUCUCAAGCAUGAAUGGUCCCAGGGUCACACCGCCCAUCUAGCAGCCUGGGAGAAAUUGCAUGAAACUGGAAAUCCAAAACAUGUUCUCGAAGAUAAAGCUAACAAGGAUCCCGUUAAUGAAACAAAAUCAGAAAAGGAAUUCCGAGAAUUCCGUAAAUACGUUGAGAACGACAGCAGUAAAAACGAAAUGAGGCUUCGUGAAAUAAAGCACGAUAUCCAACAACUAAAAACACUAAAUAAGGACGAAAUGAAAGACUUGUUAGAGUUGAUGAGAGUGCUGAGGCGCCAUCAUGCAAUCGAUGGUGUCUCAGAUGGUAACAAUGGUUACAAUCCAAUGUAUACGCCUUCAUAUUUAACUGAGCCAUCAAAGCCCUCUCCAAGACAGCUGAAUGUUAGGAGAGCGUCUGCAUUUCAAGAACUGCAAGAUAAUCCGCUAUACGUUUCGGAACUAACAUGGAGACCUUCCAUGACAUCUCAGAGCGUAGCGUAGACCUCUGUGAACUUGGUCCUAUCUAAAGAGACAGUACGUGGCAUAAAUACAUUCAGGAUCAUACCUCAUUUUAUUCCAUAUCAUAUUAUACCAUACUUUCAUAUCACAUAAUAUAUCAUAUCAUAGUGUUAUGAUUAUUAUUUGAGCUAUGUUUAUUAUGGACGUUUUAUAUAUUACUAGUAUCUUUAUCACAUGUAUUUUGUAUUUGUAUUUAGAAUAUAUAGUGGAAAUAAUUAAAGAUUCAGAUUCUAUAUACCCACUCCAAAAGUGUGUCAUCUGGAUUUGAAAUUAUUACAUGAGGAUUCCAUAAUACUAAAUGCUUACUUAAUAAUCUUCAUAAUCUGCUAAGUUAGGGAUAAAUCAGUUAUUAAAUGCUCGAUUUUUGA